GGAAGGUCUCCAACCAUGUCUCCUUCAGGUACACCAUGGUCCCUGAGCCUCGUGUUUCUUUUGGGGAUGGCAUCCGAGGGGAUCAGCUGCCCGAGCAGGUGUAGCUGUCAGUACCUGGAGGUGAACUGCACAGGGCAGCAAUUGCUGGAGUUCCCUGUGGGCAUCCCUCUGGACACCAGGCAGCUGAUUCUGGCAGCAAACAACAUCUCGUACCUGCUGGCAGUGGAAUUGAGCUUCCUGGCUGAUUUGGUCUACUUGGACUGCAGAAAGAACCUCUUGGGGGACGACCUGGAUUUCACUUUCAUUGGCAUGGCCAAGCUUGUCUAUCUGGACCUCAGCUUCAACAACCUCACACAGGUCUCCUUUAGCACCUUCUCCCACCUCCUCAGCCUGGUGGUGCUGAAGAUCUCAGACAAUCCCAACCUCAUGGCCAUCGAGAAGGAUGCUUUUGCCAACAACACCUGGCUAAGGCACCUGGAUGUGAGCCGGACAGGCUUAAGCUUCCUGGACACCAGCACCGUCCAGGGCUUGCCCAGCCUGAGGCUUCUGGGGCUCAGUGACAACCUGUGGCACUGCAACUGUUCCUUUUUGGACUUCAUCACCUGGAUGUUGGAAAGCAAUGUGCAUUUUCCAGAUGCUGACAACAUCACCUGCUAUACUCCAGCAGGCCUGCGUGCCCUGAGGAUGCCAGCAGCAGAGGCACAGCUCCACUUCAGCUGCCUGACCCAGCUGUACAAGCAGGAUUAUGUCUUUCUGUGCUUUGUUGGCUUCUGCAUAUUCCUUGCUGGCACCAUGGCAGCCUGGCUGGCUGGCAUCUGCGCUGUCAUCUACGAGGCCCAUGCCUCAAAGGGAGAGGAAGAGGAGAAAGACACAGCCAUUUAGGAUCAGUCUUUCUGAACUCCCAUUGUGGGAACCAAAGGCAGGCCCUUCCUGCCUGAUUUCCAAUGUGGUCCCACCCUAGGUUUUUUUUUUGGUUUUUUUUGUUUUUUUUUUUUUUUUUUUUUUGGGAAGUGAAAUAAAACUGCAAGAGAAGGAAGUGUCCGUGCUCCAUUUUCACUUGCUGCUCUAUACCCAGUCUUCUGCCACUAGGACUCAGGAUAUUGGCAAAAUAUUUAUUUUGGGGAGGUGUGCACUGUGCCAGGCAUUUCCACUUCUACCCUGCCUGGAGACCACAGAACAGUAGGGAUGUAAGGACUGACUUGAAAAGCUAUCGAAAUGUGG